AUGGACAGAAAAAGGAAAGGAAUGGACGAGGUCAUCAGCGAUCGAGAGAUAGACGUAGAAGUGGUAAGGGGAAAAAGAGACGCAACAGAAGCUAACUUAGAUAAAAUAGCUGCCCAAGUACAACAAAAUUGUGAAGAAUGGCAAACAGUUGCGAAAAGAAAAAGACAGGUAAAAGAAAAAAUGACGAACCUAGAAGAUGACCUAUCAGAGGGGAUAACAUAUGACGACAAUAGAGAAGAAAUAAUAAAAGAAGGGAUGACCUAUAGAUUUAAACGUGUCGAGAGAAAUAAACAAUUAGAAGAGGAACCAGUAAAAGUAACGGAACACGUAUCAAUAGACGCUAAUAAAUGCUUAGACAUUUUAGAAAAGGAAUCAGAAGGGAAUGGAAUCACGGCUAGAAUAGAUGCCAGAAGUACCUCCUGCCGCGGGGUAAUUACGGACUGGCCAGAAAAGAUAGAAGAGCUAGUAGAAGCCAUUACAGACGACGAAAAGGGAGACAUUUUUAGAUUGGAAAGGAUGUGUAGACGUAAAUGGGACACGAAACAGAAGAUGUUCACGAAUGUAGCUACUGAGAACAUUGUCAUUACAAUGAAGGGAAGCAAAUUGAAGGGAACUGUCAAUGUUUUAUUGGGUAGGGAGGAUAAGCCUGCCAUGGUCUAUGAUAGAUACAUAGAACCGGAAAGAUGGCCAUCUUUAACCAAGAAAAAGGUAACACAUAGAGAGGAAAGAGUAAUAAGGACAAAAAGUAAGGAAAAAAUAAAUGAGAAAGAAACCCAGGAAAAACAACAAUAUAGGACUAUUACCCGGGAGAUGAACAGACAAGAACGAAAAGAAGACUAUAAACAAAGAAUUGCCGUCAGAAACAAUCCGGGAAAGGAAAAUAUAGAAACACAAGUGGCGAAACAGGUAGAGGGAGUGACAGGAGGUGAAAAGAAAAGAAGUGUACUAGAGCGAAGAGAACUAUUAAUAAAAACUCUGAUUGAAACUUUGAAAACGGACAAAGAACUAAGAAGAGAAGUGUUAAGAAUAGAGGAGGAACAGGGAGGUUCGGAAGACGAGGGGGAGGAGAUAGGCGAGCAGGCGAGAGGGAUGAGGGAGACGAGAGAGAAGAGGGCAAGAGAGGAGGAACAAAUAAAGAGAUAUCGUAGAAUGGCAAGAGAAGUAAAAGAAGAAUGGAGAAGAAAUGUGCAGGGAGGGGACUCAGGCUAG